UCUUAUCAAGGUAGAUGACUAAUAAUAACUCAGGUGUACCUGUUCUUUUUUCAUUCACACCCAGUUUCAAAUCGUAUUAGAAAAUAGUUUUUUUUUUUAAAUUAAUAUUAAAAUUAAAUAGUUAAGUGCAUGUGCUCACUAUGGACAAAAAGUUUCUUUUUAUCAUAUGGAUGACCUGUUGGUUGUCAAUUGUGUCAUGCCAAAGCAACAGAGCUGCUAAUAUCGCUGCUAACCUUAUGAUGUGCUACAACGUUAGCGCCAUACCAGGGAUCACCAUACCUAACCAAAGACCACCCGUGUAUUUAAAUCUGUUGAUAGAAUAUAUUAGGAAAAUUGAAGAUGCAAACCCUACCAUGAAUGCCCGACAACUCUCUUAUCAUAUAUUGCAAAGCUUAAGACAAGAUGGAAUUGCACAAGCCGAAAGAGUAAGUGACAUAUCCUUCAUUGGAUUACCAUAUUCAGCGAGCAGACCUGAAAGGUACAAAUUCUGGGCCCUAUUAAAAAACCUAAUCCCAGACGCAGAAGCCACUUUAAGUAUGGGAGAUCUCUCCAAUAUAGAAACUUGUGCUUUGCAUUAUAUGAUAUCGAAUACGAUCGAUAACACCAGAAGGGACAACGAGACUACUGAUUGCUCAAGAUCUGCAAGAUAUACCUCAAGGAUAACUUUGGCAGACAGACGUCGCCGCAGAGAUGUGGGGGUAAGGGAAGAUGUUGAAGACAUGGAGUUGAUUAGUCCAAUUUACUCCUCCCGAUUGCAAGCUAGUUCCUUAAACGUUAGUCAAUGCCCUAUUGAGCUGGGGGUGAUGUAUUCAGAAUUUGGAACGGUCAAAGUAGGUAAUGUUCUUGCUGGGAUUGCUGCUGGAUUGAAUCAACAAACUUUACUAAAUGGACUGGUUGAUAACAGAUAUGCGGCCACAAUAGUGGGUGAGUUAUGUGAAGCAGCAUUAUACCAAGCCAGGACCAACAUAUCGUUAGGUGCUGCUGGUGGAUGGAACAGCACAAUCAGCCCAAAGUACUUCUUCUUGGAGAACAAUAACAACCUUCAAGCAACUGAUGCGGAACUAAGAGGUGCUCUGGAUGGAUUAGCGAUCGCUUUGAUGAUGUCCAACUUGACUUCCACCUUUACCAACUUAAAAAUCUCGCAAAUAUUUGACAUGUACUACUCGGUUUAUGAAAAAGGGAUUUUCGAUGAAUCACUUAAAGCUUGCAACAGGAGUGAUUACUAUUCACAAGUGACUACUACAGAAGACAUUAGGCAACAGCUGCAUAAUUUUAUGCCUAUUUUGAAUGAAGCAGCACUUUCACAAGGGACCAUACCGGAUUCUGAGCUUGAAAUAUUAUCUAAUGCUUCUAUGAAUGCUUUUACGUCAUAUUUACCUCGUAUGAUAUCAACUGACUUAACUUGCACCGGAGUAUCAUCGAUUGCGCGUGUAGCUGCUGACUUACAAAUUUUUAUUGACUCAAGUUGGCAAUACAGCACGGUGCAAGCUGUUCUAUCUUAUGUCUUAAACAACAUUGACGUGAACAAAUUUCAAACGAGAUAUACCGUAUAUGGUGGAACCAGUGUAAGAAACUUAACUUCAAAUGGUACUCGGUAUUUAUCGGAUUUUUUUGUUAACUACAAUGAGAGUACCCAUGCAAAUGAAGUAACUGGGUUUGACUACGUUAAAGUGUUCGAGACCGUGGAAAAUUAUGGAUAUUCAAAAUUGAACAAUAACAGCUACUCCGGAGGAGAAUCCACCAUCGUUUUACUGGUCACCAAAACCGGAUUAACUGAAGAACAAAAAACCUUCUUAACCCAAAGAAAAAGUGUUUUUAAUCAAUUCUUACCAGAUGUAAGUUUCAUCGUACUUGGAACUGGUGCUGCAAGCGACUAUGAAACAAUAGUCUCCAACACCAACAGGGACGUAAUCAUUUUACAAGAAACUGAUAACGAAGAAACUCUUAAGAACACUGCAGCAGAUGUUGUAAAUGUUAUAAAAGAAAUACCCCGAGCGGUAAUAAAUCCCACUUGUACUGCUACGUACACAGGCUCGGCAAGCACGUUUUCACUCACUGAUUACGUGGAGAAAUCGAAAGGGAAAAACUACUAUCGCAUUUCACCUAAUUACUUUUAUAACGGAGGAGAUAGCAGGAAAUUGACGAUAAAAGAAGAGGGAUAUGGAUCAAUCAUCGUUUGCACGUCCAGGGAAAACAGUAGGCAGACGAUAGACAAUUCAACUAGCAAUUGCACGACACUCAGCAGCGCCGGAUUUUCUGUGGAUAUUUCCAACUAUUGCUCAGGAAGCUCUGCUUCUACAUGUUCUCCCAUUUAUAUUGCAGUUUUUGGUCGAAAUUCAGGAGUCAGGUGUACCGAUAACUUAUGUCGUUUUCCCGACGAUAUUAAAUAUUCAAUCACCAUGGAGAACGUAGGAUGCGCGGAAAGUGGGUCGCAAACACUCCAAAUGCCCCUAACUCUAGUUAUUUCUGUUAUGUUUUUUAUUGUUUUUAAGUCGUAAUUAGCUGUAGUGCACCCCAGUGUGUAUAUGUAAUCGAAAUUUUUAUACAUGUACAAUAUAUAUAUAUAUAAGUCUAAUUCACCAUUUUUUUUAUGUUUUAGUUUUAAGGCCCAACAGUAUUUCGUCAAUCAAAUAAAACAGUUUUACAAAUGUUA